AUGAAUCUGACCUCCACGACGCCCGCUCAAUUCAUAUAUAACAACGAUGAGAGCGGUUUGGACAGCCAUUACGAAUCCAGCUCAUCCACAAUCUCAAAGGCAUACGCAAUGGGUAAGCUUACUGCAGCGCAGUACUUGGCGCAAGUAGCCCAGGCCACAAAUGGCGAUAUUUAUUACACUACCGACUUCAAAGCUGCCCAGUCCGGCGUCUCAGCAGCUCUGCAAGCUUUGCAAACUAAGAGUGAUGACGGCACUAAAGCUGUAACCCAGUUGGUAAAUGGUACAGACCCAUUUGCCGCAGUGGUGGAAAACAGCAGCGAAAAUGCCGUGACAAACGUGUUCACAGACGAAACGACCCUGGUGCGUGGUCUUCCACAUUUGUAUUCUUUGCAACGUUUGCCCGCGGUGGUAACGGUGGAAUUGCGUUCCCACGAAUACGCUGCCAUUCCUUUGGUCAAAGAUUUGGCAUAUGCGACUCUCGUGUCGACCUCGAGUUCAGUGCUGGCCAGACACGCCGUAGCUGCCGUACAGAUCGCCACUACAAAGCAACAGGCAGUUUUCCAUUUUGUGGAGUCUCAAGCAUUGUCAGGUCCAGUGGAGAAUGUGGUCGCUUCUGCUGAAGUAGACGAAGAAAAAAAUGUGAUCGAAGAGCUGCCCAGAUUUGCAUACCAAAGCUCUGCCAAAAAACCGUCGGUUUUGAUUGUCAACCUUUCUCCAUACGCCCAAGCGUUCGCCGAUGGCCUUCCUGCCGACGCGGCUUUGCUCGAUGUGCGUGUAUACAGACCAUGGUCUGCAGAGCAGUUCUUUGAACAAGUGCCAGCGUCUGUGCGUAAGAUAGUCAUAGUGCAGCGCACCAAUGGCGCGUUCACAACCAGUGGGUUUGAACCUAUCUUGCUCGACUUCUUUGCCGAUUUCAACACGUUGGUUGAAAGGGGCGUAGAUCAGCUUUUGGUGACCAACGUGGGUGAGCUACAAGAUAUUUCUCCCGCAGCGGCUCUCCAGGAAAUCGUUACAAACGCAAAUGCUGAAAGCCCCAACCACAACUUAUUUAUUGGCCAAACGCCCACCACAGCUGCCUCUGAACAGGCUAUUCAACUUCAAUCUUCUAUCAAGGGCGUCAUCUCUUUGGAAGAUGCCUACUUGAAGGUUCUUCGGCAAUUAUUUGCCUCAAACCUCCAGAUUUUGAAUCAAUAUCAGGAUCCAGAUGUCAACGCCACUAGCCCUGAGUACGGGUUCGGUUUGGCCACCAAGCAGGAGAGCGAAAGGCAGCGUUUGAUCGAGUUGGUUCGCGCGUCUCUUGAUGCUAGCGCUUAUCAAUCACCCAAUGCUGUCCGUAUCGUGGAACUUUUAUCCAAAUGGCUUCGCUUGAACGAACAACAACAGACUGUCACUUCUUUAGAAGAUGCCAACCGUACUGCCACAGAGGUUUUCCAGAUUCUGGAGCAAAAUCAGGACUCUAGUGUAGCCUUAGAGCUUCUGAAGGCCGCUCCUACGGAAGAAAGCUUCAAAUUUGCUUCGAAAUGGCUCAUCGGGUCCGAUGCCUGGUCUUAUGACUUGGGUAAUUCAGGUGUCCAUCAUGUUCUUUCGUCUCAACAGGAUAUCAACAUGCUCAUCAUAGACUCGGAGCCUUAUGAGAACGUCAAAAACUCCAAAUCUAAGCUCAGGAAGAAAGAUGUGGGUUUGUACGCUCUUAACUUCGGAAACGCUUACGUUGCCUCGGUGGCCGUAUACUCCUCUUACACACAGUUGCUAACGGCAUUUAUUGAAGCCUCCAAAUACGCUGGUCCUUCUAUCGUUUUAGCAUAUUUGCCAUACUCUUCGGAGCGCAACACUCCUUUAGACAUCUUAAAGGAGACCAAAAAUGGUGUGGAGUCUGGCUACUGGCCACUUUACCGCUAUAACCCUCAAGAAGAAAAUCCCGAUGAAGCCUUCAAGCUGGAGUCCUCCGUUAUCCGCAGACAGCUCCAGGAAUUUCUAGAUAGAGAAAACAGGCUAAGUCUUUUGACUCGGAAAAGCCCCGAGCUUGCGAGAAACUUGAAACAUGGUGCCAGCGGCGGAAUCGAGGCCAAACAACUCAGAAGAGCAAACGCGGCCUACGAGCAAUUGCUCGAAGGUUUGUCUGGGCCUCCUCUUCACGUUUAUUACGCGUCGGACGGUGGUAACGCGGCAAACCUGGCGAAAAGGCUGGGAACUAGAGCUGCUGCUAGGGGAUUGAAGGCUACAGUGUUGUCCAUGGACGAUAUAGAUUUCGAAACCUUUCAAGACGAGCAAAAUGUUAUUUUCAUUACUUCAACUGCUGGCCAAGGUGAAUUUCCACAGGACGGAAAGGCUUUUUGGGAUCAGCUCAAGGCAUCUUUAGACCUGGAUUUAGCAAGUCUGAACUUCUCCGUUUUCGGCUUGGGUGAUUCCUUAUACUGGCCUCGUAAAGAGGAUAAGCAUUACUACAAUAAACCCAGUGGAGAUCUUUUCAAGAAAUUGGAAGUUCUGUCCGCCAAGCCUUUGGCCCCACUAGGUUUGGGUGAUGACCAAGAUGCUGACGGAUACCAAACUGGCUAUAGCGAAUGGGAACCAAAAAUUUGGGAAGCUCUUGGAGUGUCUGGUGCCGCCGUUCCAGACGAGCCUAAGCCGAUUACCAAUGAAGAUAUGAAGAUAGAGUCCAACUUUUUGCGUGGUACCAUCGUAGAGGCCUUGAAGGAUGACUCUACUGGCGCCAUUUCUGCCACUGACCAACAAUUGACCAAAUUUCAUGGUAUUUACAUGCAAGAUGACCGUGAUAUUAGAGAUACUCGUAAGGCACAAGGCUUGGAGCCUUACUAUAUCUUCAUGAGCAGAAUUAGACUCCCUGGUGGUAAAGCGUCUCCCGAACAGUGGCUCAUUCUCGACAAGUUAGCUGAUAAGACAGGAAAUGGUACUAUAAAGAUCACGACCAGAGCCACUUUCCAACUACACGGUGUUGUUAAAAAGAACUUGAAGCACACUAUUAGAGCCAUGAACUCUACGCUUAUGGAUACCCUUGCUGCAUGUGGUGACGUAAACAGAAACGUUAUGGUCUCUGCUUUGCCUGCAAAUGCAAAGGUUCAUAAACAAGCUUCUGACAUUGCUGCUAGAAUCUCGGAGUAUCUUUUACCACAAACAACCGCCUAUCAUGAGAUUUGGCUGGAGGGUGCCGAUAAAGAGGACGACGACCCAAAGUGGCCUUCAAUUUUCGAAAACAGAAAAGAGGGUCCAAAGAAGAAGAAGACCCUGGUGAGCGGCAAUGCCCUUGUUGACGUUGAGCCAUUGUAUGGUCCUACCUAUUUGCCAAGAAAGUUCAAGAUCAAUAUGGCCGUGCCCCCUUUCAAUGAUGUCGAUGUAUGGUCGAUCGACGUUGGUUUGAUUGCCAUCGUUGACGAAAGCACUCAAAUAAUCAAGGGUUUCAACUUGUAUGUUGGAGGUGGUAUGGGUUGUACUCAUAACAACAAGAAGACAUACCCAAGAACAGGUUCUUCAUUGGGUUUCGUAAGCGCCGACGAGGUUCACAUCGCGAUCGAAAAUGUAAUGCUUGUUCAAAGAGACAACGGUGAUCGUGCCAACCGUAAACACGCCCGUUUGAAGUACACCGUUGAUGACAUGGGUGUCGACGUUUACAGACAAAAAACGGAGGAGCUUUGGGGUAAGAAGUUCGGCCCUGAACAACCUUACGAAAUCAAAUCUAACAUUGAUUACUUCGGAUGGGUCAAGGACGAGACGGGAAAAAACCAUUUCACGAUUUUCAUCGAGAACGGUAGAGUGGAAGACACACCCGACUUGCCUCAGAAAGCUGGUCUUAGAAAGAUCGCCGAAUACAUGCAAGAAACUGACAGUGGUCACUUCCGUCUGACAGGUAAUCAGCACGUUGUGAUCAGCGACAUCUCCGAUGAACAUUUGGCUAAAGUCAAAUCCCUGUUGAACAAGUACAAGCUCGACAACACCAACUUUAGUGGAUUGAGACUCUCAUCUGCGGCCUGUGUUGCCUUACCUACAUGUGGUCUUGCGAUGGCCGAAUCCGAGCGUUACUUGCCUGUGCUCAUCACCAAAUUGGAAGACAUUUUGGAACAAUACGGCCUGCGCCACGACUCGAUCGUUAUGAGAAUGACCGGUUGUCCAAACGGUUGUUCGCGUCCAUGGUUAGCUGAAAUAGCCUGCGUCGGUAAAGCUCCUGGCACUUACAACUUGAUGUUGGGAGGUGGAUAUCACGGACAGAGACUAAACAAACUCUACAAAGCUUCCAUCAAGGAGGAAGAGAUCAUUGCGACUUUGAAGCCGAUGUUCAAGAACUGGUCUCUACACAGACUUGAGGGCGAACAUUUUGGUGACUUCCUGAUCAGGACCGGUGUCAUCAAGCCCACGUUGGAAGGCAAGUACUUCCAUGAUGACGUUUCUGAGGACGCAUUGUAA